AAUUGGGUUAUGAUGAACCCGGAGAACUAUGUGUUCGAGGACCUAACGUAAUGAAGGGAUAUCUAAAUAAUGAAGGCGCUACUAAUGCAUCGUUUGAUAAAGAUGGAUUUCUUUAUACAGGAGAUGUCGCUUCUAUAGAUAGCCAAGAGUUAAUUAAGUAUAAGGGUUUGCAGGUCGCUCCCGCAGAGUUAGAAGAAAUUAUAAUUACUCAUCCAGCAGUAUCGGAUGCCGCAGUAGUUGGUUUUAACUGUGAAGCAGAUGCUACCGAAUAUCCUUUGGCCUACAUUACACUUCGAACCGGCUACGAACAAUCGCCAGAGAUAUUUCUGGAGAUAAUGGAUUACGUUGCUAAUAAACCAAGGUGGAAGAAUAGCAAGGCUAAACUAAUUACGUCAUUUUUUCACCUCGACUCCACAAAAGUGCUGGCACAUGACAAUGUAGGGAGAUUGGCGGUCUCGUUACUGUUCCGCCUUAUGCCGGCAAGUGGGGUCUCUUUCGCUGACGAUACCAAAGGCACUUGCUAA